AUCAAUUCUUAACAUUUUAUUUCUUUACUGGGUUAAACAAGGAGCAGAGAAAACCUCGGCCCCAAAAUACAACAGAACUGAAAGCAUUACAGGUACAGAGACUAUUGAACACAGAGAGUAGUAGGAUAAUAUUUUAAUACAACUGAAUUAUAGCAUGGGAUUGUGUUUUUGUUGGGUUUUUUUUGUUUGUUUUUUGUCAAACCAGUUUGGAAAAUAAAUGUAAUAGGAACUAGUGCAAAAAAGUUCUAAACAUGAAGCACAGUGUAUAAAAUGGCAUAAGAAAACUGUCCCCUCGAGGACACAGUCACUUUCUUAUGACAGAAGGGAGAAAGAGAAACAGAAGGGGGGUGGGAACAGAGGGAGGGUCCAGGAGGCGGAGGAGGAAAAGCUGGAAAGAAAGAGAAACCGGGCCGGGGGAUUAGAAAGGAUACUUUGACUUCAGCAAUGUUGGUUUGUGUUUCACCACCACGCACUGUUAAAGGACCUCGUUGGGGUCGGGCCGAGCUCUGUCACCACCCACAUGGCACAAGCACUUGAGAAGGGUUCGGGCACCAGCAGCCUGGGCGCUGCGGGGGUCGGGUGCCACAGGUCCCCCCGAGGUCCCCACAGGUGCCCCCAAGGCCACCCAGCACAAGGCAGGGAGCCCCAGCUCGGACACGCUCCAGAGGGAGAAGGGCACGAGGGGCUGGGCUCUCCUCCUGCUCUCCCUUCCCACAUCCCUCCUUGGCUCCCUCAAGGACCAGCACAUGGAAUUUGUUCCCAGUUUCACCCCCGUGCUCAGACGGUGGCGUCUCCCUUUUGAAGGCAUCCUGAGGCUGUGUCCGAACGGGAGGCUCAGAGGAGCUGGAUUCAGUUUGGGCUGGAACAGAAAACCAAACCAAACCUCCACCAGAGGGAUGGCUGGGGAUCCCCAGAAAUUCCUCCCAGGCAUCAGCAUCUCUCAUUCCCACGGGGAAGGUGUCCCUGCAUUCCCAAGGUGUUAUCCCGGCCUGCUCAGCCAGGAUUUGCUCCAGCCUGUUCCCACCAUGGAGCCACCCAGCCUCCUGCCCUGGAGAAACUGGCUGGAUGCUAUUUUAAGGAGAGCUGGUUGGAAUUCCUUACAAAUUGCUAUUCUCUCCCAAUCCACUGCCGCCCAUUCCAACUCUGUGAGCAGAAAAAGUGUGAUUGAUUUUUUUUUUUUUUGCAACUUUUUUUUUUUUUGGAAAAUGAAAGGUUUUGUGGGAAAGGACUGUUCUGGAUGCAUUUCUCAAUUUGCAAAAAAAAAAAAGGGAAAAAAAGAAAAAAAUUGGUCAUAAUGAUCAAUCUGGCUUGUUUUGACAAGUUUCAAAAUUUUAAAAAAAAUCACUGUCUGGCUCUUUUUGUCUUUUUGUUUUGCAACUUAGGCAUGUCCAGUUCCCAAAUACAUUUAAAAAUGGUAAAACCAACCCCAAAUUUCAUAAGCCAAACCUAAUUCUUGGGGUUUUUUUGUUGAGUAUCAGUUCACAACAAGCAGAGCUGUCGACCUUCUGAGCUGAAAAAGGAUCAUCCUGAAGUGCUAAAAAGGCUGGAAACCACUCCUGGCCUGCCUGGAACACAGGUCCUGCAGAUGUGGAGCAGGAAACUCACCCAUCUCCUGCCCAGGCCUUCGAGAGGGGCUGAGAGCUUUGAUAUAACCCCAACAACUUUUAAAAUUUAUUAUUCCUUAUUUUUGUAUGAUCCUCAAUUAAAAAUGGUCCAUCCCCCACCACAGUCUUCCCUUUGCUCCCUUCCUCCUUCCUCACAGAGACAUGCAGGGCGGGGAGGUCACCCAAAGAGCCGCCUGGACCAAGAACACCCAAAAAGAGCUGCUAAAAUCCUUCCAUUCCUGGAAUAAAAUGGACUCAUGGUCGGAGCUGUGCAGCUCCAGGGCUGCUGCGAUGCAGGGGCUCUAAGCAGGCUCCUUCUGUGGCAGAAGGGAUGAUUUUGGGCUUGUGUGAUGGUGGUACCUCCAGCUGGGAGGCCCAUGAGCUAACUUUUGGGCUGAAGGAGAUCCUUAACGUCCAACCUGAACACCUGACAUGGCCCUUCCCAGCUUUUCCAGCCUAGUUUAAGAGAGAUCUAACCCCCAGGGACGGGAAGCCCCAGGGAAGCCGGAAAAGCUGGUUCACGGAAUUCCCUGCCUGUCCUGGGUUACAAUGUAAGAUGUAACCAAAAGAUAGGCGGGGCAGUGUUCUUUAUCUUCUCCCGGUAACUCCCUCCAGGGAAGCACCAGCCACUCGUGGGGAGCCAUCUCCACUAAUGGGCAGCAGGGUCCCACAGAAGGACUCAGGGAAUCUUACCAUCCCAUUGCGAGAGGCUCCACCCAGGGGGAGGAACCAAACAUUCCUGCCUGGAUACAGUCUGAGGCCUGGAACACCACGGGAGCGCUACCACCGGAUUCCCAGAGGACAAGAGCUCCAUAACCGCCACUGGACCUCCAGAGAAGGACCUUUCCAGAUCUUUCCACAGGAUCACUGCCUCGACAGAACCACAUCCAUCACAACAGAUGACAAUUCACAGACUGAAAAACCUGAGGCUGCUGACCUAAAGGAAUUCCAAGAAGUGGAGGAAAGAGAUCCUCAGGAACCAGUUGCUUCUUUUUCAGAGAGAGUGUGGAACAUGUCUCCAGAUGAGAUCAAAAUCCCUCCUGAGCCUCUUGGCAGAUGUUCUAACCAAUUGCAGAAUAAAAUUAAAAAGCUGUAUGAGAGGAAAAUGAAAGAGGGGAUGGAUGUGAACUGCAUCGUCCAGAACAAAAAGGAAUUUCGCAACCCAGGCAUCUAUGAAAAGCUGAUCCAGUUUUGUUCCAUUGAUGAAAUUGGUACAAAUUACCCAAAGGACAUGUUUGAUCCUCAAAGCUGGUCAGAGGAUUCAUAUUAUGAGGCACUAGCUAAAGCCCAGAAGACUGAGAUGGACAAACUGAAGAAGGCCAAGAAAGAAUGUACAAAGAUUGAAUUUGUGACUGGCACUAAAAAGGGUACAACAAGAAGCGCUGGUUCCACAACCACCACAACACCCAGCACCACUGGGGGAGAUGCCCAGAAGAGGAGGAGGAGCAGGUGACAAAUGCUGAGGAAGGGUCUCAAAGAAUGACCCAU